CUUACUUUGUACGAAUAGCAUAACUCACCGAUGAUAUAGUAGCCCAUAUUCAUUGGUUGGUGAAUUAAGAAGGGGUUUCGUAUCUGCACGAACCCUAAAAAUCCCAAUCUCUAUGGACUCCUCGUUUGGUACUUCGUACAAAAUCUUCGACAUAUAUCGCCACUAUUGCGACAUUAUGCCUGCGGUGCAUCCUAGUGUGGGGGAGAGCUACAGGCCAGAGGACGAGUCACAGAAAUUGAGAUCUUCAAGAGAGGCGCUGGCACAGCUAUUGACGGUGGUGGAGUCUAGUGUGAAUACAAGGGUUUCAAUUCUUGAGGAAGCUUACAAGCUGAUGUCAACAUUAGACUUCAUGGCAGAUUUCUCUGAGUUCUCACGAUUCUAUGAUUUUCUCUUCUUCAUAUGCCGCGAAAAUGGUCAGAAGAGCAUCACUGUAAGCAGGGCUGUUAUGGCCUGGAGAUUAGUUUUAGCUGGAAGGUUUCGAUUGCUUGAUCAAUGGUGUAACUUUAUUGAGAGUAAUCAGCGACAUAACAUUUCCGAGGAUACAUGGCGACAAGUUUUAGCCUUCAGUCGCUGUGUGCAUGAAAAUCUUGAAGGGUAUGAUCCUGAAGGAGCUUGGCCGGUCGUAAUUGAUGACUUCGUUGAGCACAUGUACAGGAUCAGGGGAUCCAGUAAUUUAUUCUGCAAUUGUGGCGACUCAGAAGCCCAGCAAUGUGAUGGUGCAGGCUUCAAAAAUUUAUACGGGUUGAAAACUUUUCCUGGUUUCAAGAGAAAGUCGAGCAACAACUUGCAGAAAGCACUAGACUUUUCAGACGGGUAUGUCAGCCCUAAUACCAUGACAAGUGCUAAGCGAAGGCAUUUUUAUUCUCCUGGAAAAACUGUUACCUGGGGAGAGAAUCCACUUGGUAACACAACGGACGAUUGCAUAGAAAUUGUUAAGCAUAACAGCAGUUGUACUAAGCCAUCGUGUGCAGUUGAAGGCUGCCUUUCCAAGGGUUUUGCUCGACUUUUUUCAAGCGGUCCGUGUUUACAGUUGACCAAGAUACAAGAGUCUCUUAUACAUGAAAGUGAUGCAGUGAGCCAUUGAGUGUAAAGACAUGUUCCAACUAUUAUUUUCUUGACAUGGAGGCCAUUAGUGCCUCUUCCAAUGUGCAUCUCUAUUGUGUAUGAAAUUAAUAAAACUAUUUGUCCUUGUCGUCUAA